GUUUCGUAUAAAAGUAUUCCACCCGUAUGGAGAAUCCACUCUUCGGGGCGGAGCAAAUCCUACCCAUUCCGCACGCCCACAAGACUCUGACUCACUUACACUGACAGUUCAAGAUAUUCGUUUGAAUAUAUCUCGGGUUGUGCAGAGAAGUCUUCGUCAAGUCGGACUCUCUAACUCCUCUGCUUCAACUGAAUCUGACCCUGGCCCUCUUGUAAAUAUUGAUAGUGAAGGCUGUUUUGAAAUGCCAUCCGUCAACGAUUCUGGUGCUCGGAAUGAAGAAGACAGAAGCCGUGCCAAUUUUCAAUCUAGCCUCGCUGAUAACACCGCUACCUUCUCAGUCAGGACUACAAACACUUCGAACCAGACAGCUCCUAAUUUUGCCCAUUUAAAUGGCCUUUCGGGUUUGGACAAUUUAGCUCUGCACAAUGAAUUUCGUUUCUCUGGUGAUUGA